AGCGCGCAUAAAGAUCCUCCUGCCCAGAGCCUCGAGUGCACAAGUGUCUGCUCAGCUCUCCCGGAGCGAGUGUCUGCUCCGCUCUCUUAGCGCAGCCGCCGCGAUGUCCUCUGCAGCUCGGACUCUGCCGGCCACCGUGCUGGGCGCGAUGGAGAUGGGCUGGCGCAUGGACCAGGCAUCCAGCGAAGCCUCCAUGCAGGCCUUCCUGGACCGAGGCCACCGUGAGGUGGACACGGCCUUCGUAUAUGGCGACGGCCAGUCCGAAAGCUUCUUGGGCAGCAUGGACCUGGGGCUAAAAGACGGCAGCAAAGGAGUAAAAAUUGCCACCAAGGCCAAUCCCAUGGAUGGGAAGACCCUCAGUGCUAGCAGUGUCCGGUUCCAGUUGGAGACCUCCCUGAAGAGGCUGCAGUGCAACCGAGUAGAUCUCUUCUAUCUGCAUAUGCCAGACCAUAACACCCCAGUGGAGGAGACGCUGCAGGCCUGCAAUGAGCUGCACAAGGAGGGUAAGUUUGUAGAGCUGGGCCUCUCCAACUACUACUCCUGGAAAGUAGCUGAAAUCUGUAUCCUCUGCAAGAAAAAUGGCUGGGUCCUCCCCACUGUGUACCAGGGCAUGUACAAUGCCAUCACCAGGCAAGUGGAGACGGAGCUGUUCCCCUGCCUACAUCGCUUUGGAUUGCGGUUCUAUGCCUUCAACCCUUUGGCUGGUGGUCUUCUGACUGGCAAAUACACCUAUGAAGAUAAGGACAAAAAUCAGCCAACGGGCCGAUUCUUUGGCAAGAAUUUAUCUGAGAUCUACCGGAAUCGCUACUGGAAGAAACAUCACUUUAAAGCCAUUGAUCUUGUGAAGAAAGCACUGGCGGCAUGUUAUGAGACUGACCCUCCCAGCAUGACCUCAGCAGCCCUCAGGUGGAUGUACCAUCACUCCAAGCUCCAGGGGGCCCGUGGAGAUGCUGUUAUCCUGGGCAUGACCAGCCUGGAGCAGCUGCAGCAGAAUCUGGCAGCAGCAGAGGAGGGCCCUCUGGAGCCUGGGGUGGUGAAGGCCUUUGACGAUGCCUGGAACCUCGUCGCCCACGAAUGUCCGAGCUACUUCCGCUAGCUCCAGCCCUGGUGGUGGAGAGAGGCCCCCUCACUGAUGCUGGCUGUCCCCAUGCUCUCAGCCCCAUCAGCCAGCCUUUGCCUUAACCUGCUUCAGCCUGAGCUCUGUCUUUCAAAUUGUCCCUGUUCUCUGAAUCCAUGGUUUUCUAGCCUCCUUCCUGGAGGUGAGAUCUCUGGCCCCCUGCCCUGUUGCUCUUUCUGUUGAGAAGGGUGAGGGCCAAGAUCAUCUCAGUCCUGUCCUGUUGGAAUAAGAGCAACUGUUGCACAAGAGAGUGUCCUGGAGUGAAUUAUGAGCAGGGCUCUUCUGGGGCCUAGGGUUGGUUGGGUCCUUGGUGGGAAGGUGUCUAAGAACUUGGGAUGAGGAUUUCCCUACCUGGUCAAGGGAUUGACCUGAUUCAGGGAGCUUCACACCUUAUUCAAGGCUCCCCCAGAUGCACACCUGGGCACACUAUAAAGUACUCAUAAAUUAGUAAUCAUUAUUCAGCUCCCUGAGUGUCCUCAGCUGUUGAAUGGGGAUACUCUAGAUGAAUAAAUAUAAAUUUAUAUAUAACACAUAACCCUUAACAUGCUGCAGAAAAAUGGCCAUAAUAACAGCUGAUGUUCAUAUAGGGCUUUGCUCAACUUGCAUUUCUGGUAGAACAUAAGCUCCUUGAGGGCAGGAACUGUCUCACUUUGGGGUUUGACAGGAUCAUAUCUUUACAGCUGGAAGGGACCUCAGAAGCAUCCAGUCCAGACUCCUUACUUUUCUAAUGAGGAAACCAAGGCCUGGAGAUGUAAAGUAAUCAUUCCAAAUAAACAACAGAGGUGAGAUAUUUAACUCAGAUACUCCUACUAUUGAGCCAGUGCUUUUCCAACACCUCUCAUAAGCCUUGUACAUAGUAGGGGCUUAAUAAAUGCUUGUUGGUGGAUCGAUA